CGGCUGCCCCGCCCCCGGGGCGGGAGCGACGCCUUCCCGCCGAGGAACGGCGGCGCGGCCUGGUCACCUCACGGGCCGGAGGCGCCGCCAUGGCGGCCGUGCGGGAUGUGGAGAUCGACCCCGAGGGCACGUUCAAGUACAUCCUGGUGCGCCUACAGCGCCCGGGCGGCGGGGAGCAGCGCGACGUCGUCCGCGGCACCAAAGCGGCCGAGUUCCACAAUCACAUAUUUGAAAAAGUAAAUCCUGAAAUGCAAAAGCUGGGAUAUGAGUGCAAGUGCCUUGGAGGAGGGAAAAUUGAUCAUAAUAGCAAAGACAAGAAAAUUAGGGUAUUUGGGCUCUCUACAGGCUAUGGAAAAGCAGAUCAUUCAGUGACUGCGGAGAUACUGAAAAAAGUGUAUACAGAUUAUGAAAUUACAUGGUCAGAUGACAAGAAAUAAAUCGGCUACUUACGAACACAAAAAGCAGUUCAAAACUGGUAACUCUGAGCUGUACUGUGAUAAAUAAAGUUGAAUGUCUCUGCUCUGUAUGUUACCAUAAAUCUGGGCCCUGCUGUAACUUAUUAUAUGGUUAGUGAUCCCCAGAUAUAUCGCAUUUUUCAGAUCAUUCCUUUGCAGAAUCUGCAGUUCUAAGCUUCUUGCCUCUCCUUUUGAUGUGCCCUCUAAUUAAACACUCCAUCUUAUCUCCAGUGUUUUCACCCAAUCCUGUGUCACUGAUAUUUGUAGGAUACAUCAGGAUUUUGCUGUCAACUUAAACACUACGGGACCAAAGCUGUUCCCUGGUCUUUUGACCACAGUGUUUUCAGUUUCCUUUAUUUUCAAUUGCUCUUUAGGCUUUUCAACUUUCCUAUCCACAUUCACAAAAAUUGAGGUGGGGGAAGGGGCGGGUUGGCUAUUACAGUUCUUCACCAAUGAUCAAAAACUUUGAUUUACUCCAUGGUUUUGAAAAUUCAAUACUUGGGUGGAACACAAGUAAUGGUCAAGAUCUCUUGUGUUCCUGUAAGAUCCUUCCCUAUAGCAGACUGAUGGCAAUGUCACAUUCUGUUGAUACUUGUUUCAUUUUGAUUCCUCUGUACUUCUUUUAUUCCCCAUGAGUACAAUGAUGCUUUCUUCUUUUUUUUUUAAUCACAAUAAUUAUCUUAUAGUUAACUACGUCCCGGCCAGACCCAGUACACCUAGGCAGUAUCUGAACUAACUUACAGUACCUGCUUCCUCCUUGUUGCCCUUCAUUUUUUGGUGAAGUUAAUUGCAACAGUUUCCACUUCGUUUCCUGCCAGUCCUCCUUUAAUGCUGUUGAGGAUUUCAAGGGAGUACCUUUUGCUCUUAUGCUUGCAUUGUUGACUUGCAGUCUUCGAGAGGUAUUUGUAUAUAAAUCCUGGUUCUUCCCUU